UUCCGUUGUACUCACGAGCCAUUUUGGUUGCGCGGUGACAUCGUUCACUUCGUCUACCAAUUUCGUUAGCAACGCUUCGUGACAGAGAGAGAGAGAGAGAGAGAGAGAAAGAGAGAGAGAGAGAGAGAGAGCGAACGAGCGCUUGUACGUUCAGUAGUGAUCGAGGUGAUCGGCGUUGCCGCUUACGUCCAGUAUGGUAGGGACAAGAGUCUAUGUCGGUGGGCUUCCGUAUGGGACCAGGGAAAGAGACCUUGAGAGAUUUUUCAGAGGCUACGGUCGUUUCCGUGAUGUUCUCAUCAAGAAUGGUUACGGCUUUGUUGAAUUUGAUGACUACAGAGACGCCGACGAUGCCGUGUACGAACUCAACGGGAAGGAGCUUCUAGGGGAAAGAAUUACUGUAGAGAGGGCCCGGGGGACACCUAGGGGUAGUGACCAGUGGCGCUAUGGUGACUCCCGUGGUGGUUAUGGGGACUCGAGGCGAUCUGCCCGAGACGAUAUGCGGCACGACAGAGAUAGUGUGAACAGAAACACGAGGACUGCAUCUAGCUACAAGCAAUCAUUGCCCAGAUACGGACCACCAACACGUACAGAGUAUCGGCUUACUGUGGAGAAUCUGUCUAGCCGUGUCAGUUGGCAGGAUUUGAAGGAUUACAUGAGACAAGCUGGAGAAGUGACCUAUGCAGAUGCUCAUAAGCAACGAAGGAACGAAGGAGUUGUUGAGUUCGCGACAUACUCCGACUUGAAGAACGCUAUCGAUAAAUUGGAUGACACCGAACUGAACGGACGCAGGAUUAGACUCAUCGAAGACAAGAGACGUGGCCGUCGAUCGAGAUCGUCUAGCUCGAGAUCACGCUCACGAUCUCGAUCAAGAUCUCGUCGUCGGUCGCGUUCCCGCUCAAGGUAUAAUCGUCGUUCUCGAUCCCGAUCAAGAAGUCGCCGUAGUUCCCGUAGCCGCAGCCGUCGCAGUAGCCGUUCCAAAUCAAGAGCACAUUCGAAGUCCAAAUCCAAGUCUAAAUCCAAAUCUCCGGAACGCAGCCGCUCACGUUCCAAAUCCAAAUCAAGAGACCGCUCAAAGUCGAAAUCUAAGUCAAAGUCCAAAUCCAGAUCUCGUUCUAGGUCCAAGGCUGAGAGGUCAAAGUCCAGGUCGCAGUCCAAAUCCAAAGCCAAGUCUCCCUCAAAGGAUAGAUCGAGCCGCGAGCGCUCACGAGGUGACAGAUCUAGGUCACGAUCGGGAAGCAAGCACAGCAAGAGCCGUAGUCGUUCCCGUUCACCUAUGAAUGGUGACAAGUCACCGGAGAGCAGCAAACAGAAAGCAGACUGAGCGAAAAGGACACAUUUUGACACUUGAUGAAUUUCGAUUUAUAUUCACUGUAAAAAAAAAAAAAAGUAAACUCUAUACUCAAAAUAUAUCUGUAAGUUAGAGAUUUCACGCUGUAAAGUGCUUCUUGAACCACUAUGUUCUAACUUUAUGGUAGAAAUUGAAUCUGUUGGACUUGGUUUGGUUAUCGAGAAAAAGUGAUUCUUGUACCGUUGAGUUCAGUAUAUCUAUAUUCAAUGAUUAUCUUGUCAUUUGCUAUUUUAAGUAAACUAUACAUCGGAAUAUAUAUCUUAUAUGUUCCAAAAGUUUUUAAAAAGCAAAGUUGAAAAAAUUUGAUAGGAAUGAAAUUAUUCAGAAAUAAAAUGCUGAUUUGCUUUAGUGUAAGCUCUUUUAUCGACAGUGAAAUAUAUCUUAAUAUCAAAUUUAACACGUGUCUCAUUGUGAUAUCAAAUUUUGUUAAGAUUUUGAAAAAUAAAUGCAAAUUCAUCAGGAGAAAACUUGUCGUACGAGUAUGUUUUUAUGCGAAGAUAUAUUCGAGAUUUGCAGGUUUGAUGAAAGCGUAAACAAUUGCUCCGUAUCUUGUAUCUGUGGUUCGAAAAGCAUUUAAAUACGUGAAUUGCUUAAGUUGUAUCAUGAAAAGAAGUAAGAAUAAAGUAAAAAACCAAGGGAUAAGUUGAUUCAAAUUA